GGAGGCGUGAAGUGAAAACAGAAAACCAGCGAGCCGUUGGGUCGCGGAGCGAGUUGACGGCUGGUUAGCGGUAAAACAGAAGGAGGUUUUCGUCGUUUGAGCAGCUUGGAGUUAAGAGGACAGCUGGAAAUGACCGCCGAGGUUUUCUCCUAUGAGAGUUUGGUUCAUGCUGUGUCAGGAGCCGUGGGAAGUGUGACUGCGAUGACGGUGUUCUUCCCUCUGGACACUGCCAGGCUACGGCUUCAAGUGGAUGAAAACAGGAAGGCCAAAUGUACACCUGCUAUUUUGGCUGACAUUGUGAAAGAAGAAGGGCUACUAGCUCCCUACAGAGGAUGGUUUCCUGUCAUCUGUAGUCUUUGCUGCUCCAACUUUGUCUACUUCUACUGCUUCCACUGGAUGAAAGCGAGCUGGCUGAAGAGCAGGCAGUCAACCCCCAGCACUGACCUCAUUGUAGGCAUUGCUGCAGGUGUUAUUAACGUCCUGCUGACCACUCCUCUGUGGGUGGUCAAUACCCAGCUGAAGCUCCAAGGCUCCAAGUUUCGCAAUUCUGACAUCCGGCCCACAAACUACUCUGGUAUCCUGGAUGCAUUUAAGCAGAUCGUCCGUAAAGAAGGCGUUGGCGCCCUCUGGAACGGCACCUUCCCAUCCCUGCUGCUGGUGCUCAACCCCGCCAUUCAGUUCAUGAUUUACGAAGGCCUCAAGAGGCAGCUGAGGAGAGGGGCUUCCAAGGAGCUUUCAUCUCUGGAGGUCUUCAUCAUCGGGGCGGUCGCCAAAGCCGUCGCCACCACUGUUACGUACCCACUGCAGACGAUACAGUCCGUCCUCAGGUUCGGUCAGGUCAACACACCGACAAAAAAGUCGAAGCUGCUGUCCAGCCUGCAGACCCUCCAGGGUCUACUGGUGAACAGAGCGAGGAAACACGGCGUGUUGGGUCUGUUCAAAGGCCUGGAGGCCAAGCUGCUGCAGACCGUCCUGACUGCUGCCCUCAUGUUCCUUCUCUAUGAGAAGAUUGCCAGUAGUACCUUCAGAGUUAUGGGACUGAACAGCGACCGCUACAAGAGACGCUAACCAGCAACCAGAAAUGCAACCCUGGACACUUAACAACAGAGAUGCACUGUGACGAUGACUGGAUGGGACUUGAUUUUUAAGAGUAUUUCACUAAUGAUAAACCACUACUGAUGUUUUAUGGUGAUUUUCUACUGCUUUAGUUUUAAAAGAAAUUAAUGAUGAUUUAAGAAGUGUGGUAAUGUUGUACAUCAGAUCUCCUCCUCUAAGUGUCUCUACACUCAUUCAAGUUUUCCUUCAGCAUUAAUAACACAAGUAUCUGCUUUAGCUAAUUGGCUUUAAGUCUUACUGACUUUUCAUCGUCAAAUUGAUAAUGUAGAAAUAAAGAUCAGAGACAGUGAACAAAGGUUUUUCCAUCUGUCAUCCUACAGUAAAAGUAACUGGUUCAAAUCA